AUUUCCAAAUUAAUAAAAAAACAUAAAAAUAAGAGAGAAGAAAAAGACAAAAGGAAAGGAUCUUUGUUAAAUUCCGUAACCAUUUGCUUCCUUCAUUCGUACAACCGAAGAAAAGCUCUCAAUUUCCGAAAAUCUCGCUCUUAAUAAACCCUCUCAAAUCUUGUCCUUCCCUUAAAAACCAAACCUUUUUGUUUUUCGGGUGCUCUUGCGAGGAGAUGCGAAGAAGAAAGAGCGUGACUUGAUUCGAUGCAAGGUUUCGGGCACCAGUUUGAAACCCCUUCGUAGUCGUAGAAAGAGCAGAAAUUGCUUAUUUGUGCCGAGACCUGUGAUGAUGGGUACUCGAGGGAAGGAGGAAGAGGAGGAUUGGUUCUCCGAUGCUCGCGAAGAAGUUUCAUCUGUUUCCGAUUGCAACUCCGACGAAGAAUUUGUUCAAGCAACUGGCGAAUCAGAUCUCUGGACCAUGAAUCCGGAGAGUGUUACCAACCGUCGGCACAAGUUCUUUCAAUCCAUGGGGUUUAGCUUCAAAAAGAGGGACGUUGAUGUCGAUCUUCUGCUGGGAGACUCUUGUUCCGACAAUGUUGUUAUUCCCGUUUUGAAACCUGUGUCUGAAACUGAUUAUCACGAGGAAGAGGAGGAGAAGCUGUUGAGGAAUGAAUCCGUCUCCUCUGAUAGAUCCUCUUCUUCUCUGGCUGAGGCGUUUAGUUUCAGAGGACCGUUUCUGGAUCGUGCCAAGAACAUUGACGAUCGGAUUUUGCUGACGAGAGAUUGUUCCAGUAGUAGCAGUAACGUUGCUGAGGAAUUGAGCGAGUCUGGUUCGAGCUCUCCAUUGAGCCGUUACGAGGAUUCGCCUAAAAAGGGAGGAGCUAAAGGGUGGCUGAAGAAGCUAGCUGUUUUAACGCAUGUUCUUGACAAGAACGAAGAAUCAGUGGAUGGUGGAUCCCUGGGGUCAUCGACACGGAGGCAGCUGACACGAGUUCAGUCUUUUAAAAAACAGUUCAAGGAGCUUUCUUGUCUGUGCAUCGGACAGGAGUUCUCAGCGCACGAUGGAUCCAUUGUCGUGAUGAAGUUUUCUCACGACGGCAAGUACUUAGCCAGUGCUGGUGAGGACUGUGUUGUGCGAGUGUGGAGCGUAACGGAAGACGAGAGAAGAGACAACAAGUUCCAAGUGGCAGAGUUUGAUCCAGGCUCUAACUGUGUUUACUUUGGAAUGAAUGACAAGUCACAGAUUGAGCCGCUAAACACUGAGAGUGAGAAAACCGAAAAGAGUAGAGGAUUGUUGAGGAAGAAGUCAGAGUCGACUUGCGCUGUGUUGCCUUCGAGGGUCUUUAGUAUUUCUGAAACCCCUCAGCACGAGUUCCGGGGACAUUUAGGUGAAAUCUUGGAUCUUUCCUGGUCGGAGAAAGGGUUUCUACUAUCAUCCUCAGUGGAUGAGACUGUUCGUUUGUGGCGGGUUGGCUCUUCUGAUGAAUGCGUCAGAGUUUUCUCUCAUAAGAGUUUUGUGACAUGUGUGGCAUUCAAUCCUGUGGAUGACAAUUACUUUAUGAGCGGAUCGAUUGAUGGCAAAGUCCGUAUAUGGGACGUCUCCCGUUUCAGGGUUGUUGACUAUACAGACAUAAGGGAGAUUGUUACAGCUUUGUGCUAUCGCCCUGAUGCUAAAGGUGCAGUUGUAGGCUCUAUGACUGGAGAAUGUCGCUUCUACCACACAGUUGAUAACCAGCUGCAACUGGACAGAGAGAUCAGUUUACAUGGGAAGAAGAAGGUCCCUAGCAAAAGAAUCACUGGCUUUCAAUUUUUCCCCGCUUCAAGUCUUAGGACAGCACUGAGCCCAACCUCUGCUUUGUUCACGUCGGAUGGGAAACACAUCGUCUCAACAAUAGAGGACGCAGGCAUUCAUGUUUGGGACUACUCUCAACACAACAGGAAGGCUGCUUCUGCUUCUUCUCAGAAACCAAAAACUAUCAGGUCUUACGAGGGAUUUCUCUCAGACAACGUGUCUGUCGCCAUACCUUGGCAAGGCCAGGGGAAGGAGGAGGACAGUUUCAUUGCUGAUUUGGACAAAAAGUUUGCUCAUUUCCCGUUGCCAGUGGACUGUUUCUCUCCGAUGAAAGGAGCAACAACGUGGCCGGAGGAGAAGCUUGGAGUAGUAGCAGGUUCCGCUGCAGCAGCGAUCUCAGCUACGGCCAGCAGUAGAUCCAAGCUGAGGCUACUGAGGAGUGUGUGGCAGAACGUCAAGGCCGCCUCUACGCCGCACCUGUGGGGGCUUGUGAUUGUGACAGCAACUUGGGACGGUAGGAUCAGAGUGUUCCAUAACUACGGUUUACCAAUUCGGGUCUAA